GUUAAUAGCGACACUAAUUUUAUAGUUAGAUUCAAUGAAUGCUCCUUUUAAAAAGCAUUUUAGGGCAGUAAUGCUCAUUAAGAAGGUAGUAGGCUAAGACAAGUUUCUCUUCUCACUUCACUUUGUGAAUGUACUUUUGCUUGCAAGAAUUAAAGCCACAAUAUUGAUACCAGUGUAAACGCUAAAAAAAGUUGAUAUUUUUGGUACUGAUACCGAAACGCUUUAUUGGGUUAGUCACUAACCCUGAUGAUAACUAUCAGAGACUGAUAGUACUUGAAAGGGAUAUCAUAUGACUUUUUUCCAAACUGAAGACUUGCCUACCUGGAGAGUUAAAUAAACCUUCAAAGGUGUGCCACCCUCAUGCUAAAAAUUUCGCCAGUGAAUUGUCUGAACGUAAAUUAGUAUUUUACGUCUCAUGAAGCCUUUUGGAUAUUGAAUGCUUCAAAUUCUAAUCGCUAACAUCACUAUUCCCCCUUUUUUAUGUAGUUCUUAGAUAAAAAACGAACCAACGAGUCAGUUAGUCUGCGCGCAUGGUUGGAUUGAGUGCGGAACUAUUUUGCAUUUGGCGGCGAUUUCAGAGUUCAUUAGCGUGGUUAAUAACCAUCUAAAGAUAAAGGCGAAGAUUGAGGAUUUGACUAAAAACUUACCACCGGUGUUCCUACCAGCAAUGAAAAUACGUACCAACGUCUUCUUGUGAGUGGAUAUUUCACAUAGCGUCUAAUAAUCUUUUGUCACUAGAUGAAAAAUUCCUUAUAAACAUUUUUAUCACUGCAGAUGCGUCCUCGGCUACGAGUGAAAUCUAAAGAGUUGCCAAGACCCCCUAAGAACAAGGGAGUCAUAGGGAACAAUAGAAAUGAGUUAUCAAAGGGGUACAUAUUCUAUCUUCAAUACUUAUAUAAAUGCAUUGAAAAGGAGAAUAGAUAAACUUGAACAAUCUUUUAUGCAUAAUGGCAAACUUAAUUUCUUUUCUUAUUUAUUUUACCAAGUCAACUGUGUGAAAUCAUUUUAUAACGCACAUACACCCACAUAUAUUUUUAUGAAUAACAUUUCAUUGAGUAAAAUGUUAAGUAAAAAUAUAUACAUAGAUAUUUUCAAAUAAUCAUGCUUUAUGUGGGUUCUUUCCCUUAAUUACUUGUUUUUUAUACUUUAAUUUUAUAAA